CAGCUAGUGUACAGUGUUGUGACGACCUCUGUCAACGUAGAUCACGAUCUGCUCAAACAAAGACGGUAUUAAGUGAACCGUAAAACACACUUUGUGGAGACGAUAAUUCAAGAACAACACAGUGCUCUGAAUUGAAAUUUCGUUCAAUAAUUGUUCGGGAUAUAGGACACAAAUCUGUUGAAAAUCAACGGGAAAUUCUGAAGAAUAAAUUGCUAUGUGGUUUGCAGUGUCUAUGGAUAUUGAUGGGAUUAGCUCCAUUCAUGGAAGCUGUUUAUUGGUAUUAAUCAUGUCAUGUUUGCUCUCCGUUUCCUGAAGGCAACUAGCCAUGGUGACCGUUCUGCUUCAAGGCCGGACCCAUCUUAACUUCAAAGAGUUCCGCGUCCGUGGUCACUUACAAUUUUUCAACCACAUCCUUGGAAUCCUACAACUUCUUGAACCUCAACUUUUUGCUCAGCCCUCUACAGUUCUGCAUGGCAUCAUGGAGGCCUACUUCCCUAUCCUACCGCAUUCUGUGAUUGCUAAGAAGCCUCUGGAAUCCAUCAUUAUUUCAUCCAGCUUCUGUAUCAGUACUCCAGCCACAACCCAACCCAGGCUCAGCCGCUCCUAGAGAAACACUCAACAGCACUCAACAACCUAUCCCAGGUCUACCCAGACAUCCAGCAGCUCAAGUCCCUAUUGGCCAGCAUCACGCUGACCUCAUCCUCCAAGGACCAAUCAGGGCUUGGCUCCGCCCCCAACCAGGCGGAGCCAGCUAUGGAUGAGAUCCCAGGGGUCGGAGGUCGCGAGGAGACUUACUCGCCGACACUUGCCGCCAUGAUGGGGGCUGAUGCAUCGUGGGAUACUGAGGACGUCAAGUCGUUCGCUGAGAGACUUUCUCAAGAAGAAGAUUCUGAAGGCAUGGCUGAAGCCUUGGAUGAGCUGGAGGAGAAGUCUAGCAGUGCUGUGGGAAUACUGCAACAUUUUGUGGCUGAAUUAUCCACUCAGAUGACGUCAUGCAACAAAGACUGCAGGCAGACGGCGUUUGUUCUCGUCAUUCGAUACAUCAGACACGACCCAAGCGUUGCCAGCAAGUUUCUCCCAGCUUAUAUGGAAUGUCUGAACAGCAUGGAUCAAGAAGUGGUACAGACAGCUUUGAAGAAUCUUCCUGAGUUUACGCUCCUCUGCCAAGAGAAUGCUGAGGUUGUGCUACAGAAAGCCUUCACCGUUGGAGUCAACAGCAAACUGUCCACAGUUCCACUCAUAGCAGAGACACUGAAACUACUCAGCAUGGAUAGUGCCUCAACAACCUCAAACACUACGACUCCAAGCUGAUGAUGGGCAUUCCUGAAACUACUCAGCAUGGAUAGUGCCCCAACAACCUCAAACACUACCACUCCAAGCUGAUGAUGGGCAUUCCUGAAACUACUCAGCAUGGAUAGUGCCUCAACAACCUCAAACACUAUGACUCCAAGCUGAUGAUGGGCAUUCCUGAAACUACUCAGCAUGGAUAGUGCCCCAACAACCUCAAACACUACCACUCCAAGCUGAUGAUAGGCAUUCCUGAAACUACUCAGCAUGGAUAGUGCCUCAACAACCUCAAACACUACGACUCCAAGCUGAUGAUGGGCAUUCCUGAAACUACUCAGCAUGGAUAGUGCCCCAACAACCUCAAACACUACCACUCCAAGCUGAUGAUGGGCAUUCCUGAAACUACUCAGCAUGGAUAGUGCCCCAACAACCUCAAACACUACCACUCCAAGCUGAUGAUAGGCAUUCCUGAAACUACUCAGCAUGGAUAGUGCCUCAACAACCUCAAACACUACCACUCCAAGCUGAUGAUGGGCAUUCCUGAAACUACUCAGCAUGGAUAGUGCCCCAACAACCUCAAACACUACGACUCCAAGCUGAUGAUGGGCAUUCCUGAAACUACUCAGCAUGGAUAGUGCCCCAACAACCUCAAACACUACCACUCCAAGCUGAUGAUGGGCAUUCCUGAAACUACUAAGCAUGGAUAGUGCCUCAACAACCUCAAACACUACCACUCCAAGCUGAUGAUGGGCAUUCCUGAAACUACUCAGCAUGGAUAGUGCCUCAACAACCUCAAACACUACCACUCCAAGCUGAUGAUGGGCAUUCCUGAAACUACUCAGCAUGGAUAGUGCCUCAACAACCUCAAACACUACCACUCCAAGCUGAUGAUGGGCAUUCCUGAAACUACUCAGCAUGGAUAGUGCCUCAACAACCUCAAACACUACGACUCCAAGCUGAUGAUGGGCAUUCCUGAAACUACUCAGCAUGGAUAGUGCCCCAACAACCUCAAAAACUAUGACUCCAAGCUGAUGAUGGGCAUUCCUGAAACUACUCAGCAUGGAUAGUGCCUCAACAACCUCAAACACUACGACUCCAAGCUGAUGAUGGGCAUUCCUGAAACUACUCGGCAUGGAUAGUACCUCAACAACCUCAAAAACUACGACUCCAAGCUGAUGAUGGGCAUUCCUGAAACUACUCAGCAUGGAUAGUGCCUCAACAACCUCAAACACUACCACUCCAAGCUGAUGAUGGGCAUUCCUAAAACUACGAUGACUUCUUCAGCUUCAGCUCUAGGCUUGGCUAGCAUCAGCCGUGUUUGAUACAACUGUCAAAUGUUUGUAUUGCAACACAUGUGAUAAACUGUUACUGAAUGCGGACUGUGUCGAUACUUCAUCAAUCACAAAGCUGACGAUGCCUUGUCUGAGAUGUGGCUUUGUCUCCAACUUUGACUCCAGGCUUGCCCAGCAUUGGAUGAAAUGAACAGUCAACAAUUAUAUCGCAACACAGACCACAUACAAAUUAAUGUGGACUACAUGUCAACACUUCAUGUACCGUUACAACACAUAGUUGAUGAUGCCUUUUCUGAGACUUCGGCUUCAUCGCCAGCCUUGGCUCCCAGCUCAACUCGCAUCGACAGUAUUGGAUAAAAUAAAGUGUUAAUCAAUUUGCAACAUAGAUAAGAAUAUUACAUUGUUAUUGAAUACUCUUUCUACUACUUUGGCUCCAGACUGCAGCUUUGUGAUUUGGAGUUCCUUUCUUUUACGAUUGGGGCUUAAAAUAUAUGUAUAUGUUGAUGUUCUGCUAAAAAA